AUAUGAUGUAAAGGGCCAUGGGGGACUCGGAUCAGGUGGGGGUCUCACAGCCUUCUCAUCCUUGAUAACGUGUUGGUGACUGCAGGAGAGAGAGCUUGGAGAGAUGCUCUCAAAUGGCAUGUGGGAAAAGGACAUUUGGCACAGCACUUGUAGUAAUGGUACUUGGUGAUAAAAGUAAUGGUGAUGGUGAGGAUGGUGACUGAUGAUGACGUGUUAUCCAACAGAUUCACGGGAGGAGAAGGAACUCGGGAGACUAAGAAGUAGAUAAAUCUUAUGUGGACCCGCCAGAGAGGAGGCCUGAGGGAGGAAUGUCCAAGUUUGCUAGGCGGAGCCCAGGGUGAAGAACAGGCGAGGAUGAAGCCAGUGCUGUCAAGACCCAAGGAGCCCAGAAACCUGGAUUGGAAUGAGACCAACAGGUCCAUCCUUUGGAAUAAGGAACCUCGAAACUUGAAGUCAGAAGUGAAAUUCAUAGACUUUAAGGAUGCCCCCACCCAUGAUAGUUUUUACCAAGUACCAGCAUGUUGUCAGUGUUCCUCUGAACAGCUCAACUUUGGAGGCUUCUUACCCGUGCCUAGAGACGAAGCAAGCCUCCCUUACUGGGUCCCUCGGUCUCUGAGACCCCAAAAGCUGGUCCAGAGAAGAGUUCAGUUCUCUUUCCCACAACAUGCCAGGUCCUGUGCCUGCUCCUGUCACAGCUUUGGGGGUCAGCUCCCCGUCCCAAGAGAGCUUGCUGCAUUCCCCUAUUGGGUGCCUCGGUCAGUCAGAUUCCCGGGGAAGGCAAAUAAGAACUCAUCAGAUUUCAUAUGGACCAAAGGAAGUCUCUGCGGCGGCCUCAGCCACUUCCACCACCAGUGGCGCGUCUGCUGCGAUGAGGAGCGACUCCUGAGGUGGCAGGGGAUUCAGGCCCGGCUGCCAAAGCCCGCUUGUCAGAGUCGGCAGGAGGACGAGGACGAGGAGGGCGAAGCGCCCAGUUUUCUUUCCCUCAGUUUUUUCCUCGACUCUCUCUAUGGUCUCGUGAUGAUCGUCGUCUCAAUUAUUCGAUCCCUCACGGAGAGACCCAGCAGCAGCAGGAAGGAGCUAGAAGAAAGGCGAGCCAAAGAGAGGGAGAAAAGGAAGGAGGAGCGGAUUCGAAUCAUGAGAAUCCUUGCAACAGCAGCUGGAGACUGGAAGAGAGAGGAGGAGGCCAAGAUGGAACAGCUGUUUCACGUAGAUGAUGAGCUUGAAUACUAUGGCCCAGAGGAGAUAAAUGGGACCCAUACCAGGAGCAAGAAGAAGGCGUCUGGCAUGGACAGUGGAAGGAAGGAAAGUAGGAGACAGGAGGGUCUUGCUUCAGGGAUUCAAGGAGUUCCAUCUAAAUGCCUCCCCCACUUCCAUGGCUGCUGGCGGAUCUGCUCUGAAGGGUCAAGGCUGGACAUGCUGCUGAAGCUCCAGUCCCAAUUCCGGGAGGAGGCCUCCAAGGGACCAUACCUGGUCUAUGAGCAGCCUGAUAAGGAGAGGACCCUGCCCGUGUUUGUCCUUGGCAUCCUCCUGGGCUCCAUUCGCAUGGUGGCCGCAGCUAUGCAGUGUGUGGCUCCAGCUUCUCUAGGGAUCCUCCUGCAAGCUCUGGCAGUCAUUUCUGGGGAUCCUGAACCCAAAGGCUGUUCUUUACUUGAAUAAGCAGCUUACCAGCGAAAUGUAAGGAG